GUUCGGUCUUUAAUGUAGUGUUGACACCAGUUCUUUAAGGGUCCCCUUAUGCUUAUUUCUUUUUCAUUUCAUUACUGAAAUUAGAGAGCAGUUGUGUUGUACUUUUUUGAGCCUGAAACCCGUAUUGUGAGUUAUUUAUUAUAUUAUUAUCAGUGUAGAAUUUCGAGACUUGAUUGCCUAUGUAUUUUUCUACAAUCUUAUCUAUAGUAGAUAAAGUUGUGACGGGUCUAUAAUUUUCAUAAUCUUUGCGACUUCCCGUUUUAUGUAUCGGUCUAACAAUGCCUGGAUAGUAAUUCGUGGAAGCUUCACUUAGAGACGCAACCAAUGACUAUUGCCAUCCUUGUUUAUGUAACUACACGUAAUGUAAGUUAGAGAACGAUAGAAUUUCUCUACAACGUGUUAUAGUCUAAGAGCCCUCGCUCACUGGCGCCCGUAUUCUUUGCGUGUGGUUUCUUUCGCACUCUACUAAUGUAGAGCGGUCCUUGGGUUGCCCAUUUGUAGGGUUUUUAAUUCUUCACUUCUGUGAUUGCUGUCUUCUGAUUUGUGCCCAGAUAGAGCUGGACAGGAGUCUCAUGAUGGAGUCACUUGGUUUCCUCUUCCCAAGAGAAUAUCCCGUGGGAGAGCCCAGCGGUCGGGCGGGCGUGCGUGCCACGGCGCUAUUUCCCGGAUAUGUGGGUGUUGCGCCGUUUCGGUUUUUGCGUAGACUCGGAUCGACUGGUUGAUGAUGACCGAGUCUAGGUCCUCAAUACGGAGCCCCUGGCAAUAGUCAGGUUCCUCACGUAUCGAGGGGCGUUCACGAUUCGGCGCAGGGCCAUAGAUUGUUGUGCUCGCAGCGUCUUUCGGUUACUCUCCCGCGCGAAGGCAUACCACGCAGGCGUGGCAUACGUUAAGAUGGAACGUACAUAAAAUAAAUAAUAAAAAAAAAUAAAAAUCGUUUAUUUCACUUUCUAAAUUUACAUAAAUUAGUGCUAGUUUGGAACCUUCUUUUAGGGGUAGUAAAACUACCUCUGUAUUAGAAGGCUCCGCUCUUCCAUAGCUAGUACAGAAAUAUCAGAUUCUAAAUGAACAUUACAAAAUUAUAUUACGUUGUUGUUUCGCACGUUUGUGUGUGUGUGUGUUUUUUAGGAUAUAAGUUUUAAUAAAGAUUCUACUUCUUCAUAAUUCUGUGACGAUAAAUAUUUAAUAACUGUUUUCUUGCAUUCCUUAAUAUUACUGGGUAUAUGUCGAGUUUUUUGUUUAUCUUAUUAUAUAAAACAUCACAUUACAGACAUAGGUGUUGUACGUUCCGAUCUUUGUCUUCAACGGCAGGCGCGAGGAGAGUACCGGUGCCAACAUCCAUACCAUGUUGAAUACGAUUCUCGUCCGCUCACUGGCAACUUUUAGUUGGCCGACUAAGUUGCCGAGUAUACUAACCGGUAAAGCGACAUAUGACAGCCCGCAAUUAAAUCGCCGCAACUAAUAAAUUGGGGACCGCGAUCACGCAAAAUUAAAAAGAUGCCCAAUUAUCGGCCAACUGCUCGUUAGUACGGUUCCUCUAUGCAAGCUCGCGGACUAUACAACUUUGUUGCUCAGUCGCCCGGCAAAAAGUGGUGAUUUCCCCACGUUAGUUCCCGUCACUUGUAGCUAACGAAACAUUAGAAGACCUAAUUAAUGAAGUUGAAAAAAAAGGCCAGCAUUGUAUUAAAAAGACUUAAAGCAACUGCGACGUAAACAUUAAAAAAAAAUGAUGGGAGGAAGUCUGCCAAGCUUUAAUUAACUGAUUAACAUCAGUAAUUUUAUUUAAGUAAGAUUCCAUGUCCGGAAAUGCUUUUAGUUUUAAUGCAAACAUCGUGCGUAACAGGCCUAACCGCCUCGUUAGGCUUCUUCCUUUGUAUACGUUUUGUAGUUUACGCCACGCCUCAUAAGCUGUUUUGCAUUUGUAACGUGCGUCAAUACAUUUGGUUGCACGAGAAGGCAAACACGUGCUAGUGCUUUUCGCUGAUCCUUGUCAUCAGCAUCCUUUUUUGUUCUAUAUGAUCCCACAAGUCCUCGUGUAUGAGUAACAUUUUUACCGUAAAUUUCCAUGUGCAGUGGUUCUCUGCGCCUUUCAGCUUCUCGAUGGUGAUGCGGUCCAUCUUGAAGUAGUUUAUAAGCUAUGCACAAAGAGUAGAUAUCCGAUGCACUCCGAUGCACGCCGCACGCCCACGCCGCAGCCACGUGUUGAGCAUAAAAUGAUCGCGUAUUGUUCAUUUAAUGACUCCAUGUGUAGGUGACACAUUUUAUUUAUUCGCGAUGUAUCAUUAUUUAUACCUUGUGACUUGGUGGGUCCAACUGCCCCUUUUUGAGCUCAGUUGAGCCCGCCUUCGCGUCACAUCAACCCGGUCCGAUCGUCGCGUCGGGCUGGGACUGGGUUUGUUUUUUUCCCUAUGAGGAAUUCGAAUGAAACACGGUAGCCAAAACACUGUUCGAUAUAUUAUUACUUUACAAUACAUACAUACACGACACUUGAUGACGGGCGCUCACACUAAUACAAAUUUGAUACUAUCCUACCUAAUCGCGGUAACGCGGUUACACGACACGGAUCCUCCACUUGCCGUAGGUCGAAAAGGAUCUUCGUUCACGUUGUGGACAUUCGCCCCUAGGAUACAAGAAAACACUGGGCCCGAAGGGUGGCCGACCCUCUGACCGUGACUGUCUUAUACCCUUGUUGUCUUGUAGUGGUGGAGUCCUUGCUCGAGCGGUCUGGCUUCUGUAUCCCCGUUUCUCGUCGAGUUGAGUCGUCAGUCCGACGUAGUCUGCGCCGACAGCUGGCCUUUGGUAACGUUGUAGGUAUGUGGGAGUGGUGGAGUCCUUGCCCGAGCAGUUAGGUUAGGUGUUAGGUUCCGUAAACUCCGUUACAACCUAGCACACGUCGAUCGAUGUGAUCGUAAGGCAAAUUUAACAGACGAAACAUUUUAUCUGAUUACAGACAUGAUGUGCUACCGGAAUCCAAAACAGCGCGACCGAUAUGUUCGUGAUUGUUCGAAUCGUACAAUUUAACUAGCGCAGUCGAUAAUAAAACGUCUCCGCGGCGUCUAGUUCCUACUUGACUCGCGGAAGACACGCUCGCCGAUAAUGUUAAAUUGUUAAUUGCCGGCGGACGGAGUCGCGCUGAUGAUACUACUGUCAAUGCGCUCAGCAGGCACUGCGGGUUUCAGUUUGUCUGCAACACAGACCAAAAAGGAAUGUCUCCGUUUACAAAAUUUGCAACCUGGCUUUUUGCACCGAUUGGCAAAGUGAGAGUGACUAAGACAAACAAAACAGACCUUUAAUGUAGGUAAUAGUUGCAAACGUGCUUCGUUACUUAAAGCUAAAAAUUGAGAGCAACUAUUUAGUUUGUGAUCGCCAUUGCACUUUGGACACGAAUCUGUCAAAUCAAAUGUGGGUUUACUAUUAACGAUAAAAUUACUAUUAAUAUUAUUUGUGGAAACAAGUGUUUUUUAUUUGGGUUGUUUAGGAGGUUGUUGGGUAUGACGCGAAAACUCAAUUGUCUCUAGUACAUUUAUACGUAACUUCAUAAAGUUUCAAAGACUUUUGUACUCUUCCCAUUCACGGUACGUUUUACUGUCUAAUUUAAUAGUGACCAUGUGAAUGAGAAGGGUAUCCCAUUGUUGGACAGGCUCACCUAAUGAACCAAGAGCACGAAGGGUUUUAUUUAGAUGGUCCAAUAUAUUUUUCAAGUUUGCCGCGGUCUCCCGUGUAAGAGCGAGGCCCCAUUAGUGCGUUGCGCUGCGUUGCGUCGUCGCAGCGUCGUCGCUGCGUCGUUUUCCAUACAUUUUUUAUGACAUGCCCCAUUAGACCGUUGCGUCGUCGCGCGCGACGUUUCAACGGAUCGACGGACAAGAGACUAUAGCGGGAGGGAGGGUGAUGCGCUGCGUUGUCGGAGCUCCGCUGCGACGACGGACAGUGAUGCACUGCUAGAGGAGAAAGCUAGACGAGCGUAACGACAUUUUCUAUUUUACCAUGAGUGAGCAGGAUAUUGAUAUAGAUUUUCUCAUAUCCUUGGUCCAAGAAAGACCCAUUAUAUGGGAUAAAUCACACGAACAUUACAGUGAUAAAUUUCGUAAAGCGAAUGAAUGGGUAGCUGUUUGUAAAAAAAUAUUUCAAGAUUACGAGGAGUUUGAGGACCAAAAAAAGAACAAAAUUGGUAACGAGGUUGUGAAAAAAUGGAGAAGCGUGAAGGACAACUUUUUUCGAUACGUAAAAAAAAUAAAAGAAAACAGUUCGUCUGGAUCAGGGGCAAAACAAUUGAAGAAAUAUCAUUAUUACAAUCAGUUGCUGUUUUUGAUGAAAGUUGCCCAAAAUAAAACUGAUAGUAGCCUUGAAAUGGUGUCUGAAGAAACGGAACGAAAUGAAAACACAGCAUCAUCUUCUCCAUUUCCUACAAAAGAAAUGUCCUCGUUACCCCCAGGUCCUUCUCGCUACGUGCCUGCAAGCCGUAAGAGAUCAAACCAAGCAAUAGAUGAUUUCGAGGCGCAAGCAUUAAAAGCGUUGCAAGAGAAAGAAAACCGCCACUUAUCAUUUUUCAAAGGAAUUUUGCCUUCUUUGGACAGCUUUACGGAAUUACAAACUUUGACAUUCCAAAGCAAAGUUAUAAAUAUCAUUACCGAAAUUCGGUUCGGGGAACAGACUCAAUCAACAACAUGGCAGUCACGCGGAUAUCAAACUGGACAACAGUAUCAAGCAACACCAUUGCAGUCACGCGGAUAUCAAACUGGACAACAUGCCCAGUCACCAUCGCCAUCAUCGUAUCGAACAGAUGAAUUCGAAGCUACCUACUCAACCAACACUACGAUUAAUAAUUUUACUGAUGAUAGUCAAGAAGAAGAUUAUAACUUUGCUUUGUUACCUAAUAGUAAUACUUAAAUUAAACUGUUUUUAAAGAUAAUAAAUUAAUAACUGAUUAACAUUACGAGUAUUAUGAUAUUUGAAUUACUUACCUCAAUGUAAUACCAAUCAUUUCAAUUGGUUCUAAAGGGUUCCUGAAUUUGGUAUAUUGCUUUUUUAUAUGUGGUUUUAAGGUUUCAACCAAAUUAUUAAAGCUGGCCACACUCAUUCUAAAAAAAUUAAAAAAUGUAUUUUCAUCUAAUAACAACUCCCUAUAUUCCUGCAUAAAAAACUGACCAUCACUAUUUCUUAAUGCUAUCAAAGGAGAUAUCCAGAAUCUUCUAUGAUUUCUACGUUUAUUUCGGCGGUGCCGUAAUAAAAGCAACAAAAGAACACGUUUGUAUCUAUCCAUUGCAAAGGCUGAACUGAGACGCAGCUGCGUCGGCGUGCAUACCCUCUUGCGUUGCGUUGGCGCAGCGUCAACGCAACACAGGUGUGGCAUACAAUGCGUUGUUCCGUUGCGAUGACGCGACGCAACGCAGCGCAACGCACUAAUGGGGCCUCGGCCUGACCGGGUCGAUGUUAAAAAGGGCCGAAACAUGAUUUUGCAUUAACAAUCGUUUAUUGUCGAACCGGUCACACAAGAGUUUCCAAGCUACUUGAUAGUUAUUAGAUGUCCAUGGACUGAUUGACCAUGAAUAGAUUCAUGCAUUUUGUGAUGCUUCUCUCAACGCUUACGCUUCAUGUAUAUAUGUAUGGACUAUGGAUAUCAUCUCAUUCACGUGAUCUUAAACCCUUCGUAGCCAACCGUGUAGCAAUGAUACAAGAAACUACAUCCUUUGGCCUUUGGAGACAUGUACCAAGGGACAAAUAAUCCAGCAGAUCUAGCAUCUCGUGGUUUAGAAUCCGUAGAAAAUAAUGAAUCAAUCACCUCGUUCGCUGCCGAAGAAGGCAUCAAAUUUAACUUUUCUCCAGCUUAUUCCCCUCACUUCGGUGGGCUUUGGGAAGCAGGUAUCAAAUCCGCAAAACAUCAUUUACAUCGCAUGUUAGGUAAUAAUCAUUUUACCUACGAAGUAUUAUCGACUUAAUUUGUGCAGAUAGAAGCGAUAUUAAAAUCUAGACCUCUUACUCCACUCUCGUCUGAUCCAACCGAUUUACUUCCUUUGACUCCUGGGCACUUCAUCACCAUCUUUAUUAAACGCAAAAACAAACCGCCUAAAUCGCUACCAACAAAUAGAACAACUCAAACAACACUUAUGGGAAAGGUGGCGCAAUGAAUUCCUGUGUGAUGCAACAACGAAAUAAGUGGAGAAUCAGCCAAGGCCACUUACGUGAAGACGAUAUGGUGGUCGUCAAGGAAGCCAAUAUGCCACUGAAAUAGCGAAUGGGGCGUAUCAUAAAACUUUACCCUGGAGCAGACAAUAUAGCACGUGUAUUCGAUGUGUUAACGGCAAAGGGCGUCAUUCGUCGUGCUGCACACAAUCUAUGUCCUUUGCCUACCGAAGAUCAGUCUCCUCAACAUCUCACUAUUGUUGAGGGGGGGGGGGGGGGAUGUUCGAGCCUAAAUACGCGGCAACCUUACGAUACGAGCCGACCCGAGCGCGAGAUUUCACGAAGCAUACCGAAGGAAGACUAAGGCGAAUACGAAGCGUCGGCGGCCAUUACACACAAAAACUUCGUCAUUUAUAUACGUCUUUUAUUGUACAUCUUGAUUAAAAGUCAUUUACCUAAUAAUUUGUCAAAACUCAAUAAAAUCAAACCACAAACGAACGAGCACUAUUGUUUUAAUCCAACAUUGCCACUGCUCUCAAGCAGCAUCAAGAAGCCAAGGAUCAACUGUCAAUGUUGCAGGCCAUCUGCGGAAUCGGGCAAGAUCUGAAAUGUCCACUAUACACAUAUUUCAGGGUUCAACCCCACCGUCUCCGUUGACCGUCUACUGGUCACCAACUCUUCACCACCUAGACCUACUGUCUUGGUUCGCUACCUACUUUCUCCGUGGAACGUCUACGGGCCAAAACCACCACUAGUACCCCCCCGCCGUCUUCUUGUUGGGACUGGCACUUCACCACAUCGGACUACAGGGCAGUGGCAUUUUGGAACUUUAAUAAUUAACGUACAGCAAUUGAGAUAUUAUGUAGAACCCACGUCUACCCCCUAGUGAUUUUCUAUCUAACCUCGUAACUACUAUCAUGAAAAAUAAAUUGUGUUAUACCUUU